AUGGGUCGCCAGAAGAUCCCCAUCGAGAUCAUCGACAAAAAUACUGCGAGAGAUAUUUGCUUCUCCAAGCGACGGAAGGGUCUCUUCUCCAAGGCAAAGAAGCUCGCUCGUGCAGGCAGUGAAAUCGCCAUUCUCAUCUUCUCCAAAGUUGGCAGUGGAAUCGCCAUCCUCAUCUUCUCCAAAGUUGGUAACGUAUUCAGUUUCAGCCAUCCUACCAUACAAUCUAUUGCCGAUCGCUUCCUUAGCGUAGAAAACAGCAAAGAUGGAUCAUCGGAUAAUGAUAAGUUUCAUGGCAACGCUGACAUCGUGGCUCGGGGGUCGGACGCUGCAAGUGGAGGUCUUACCAGGUCUUCUGGAGAAGGUGAAUCGUCAACUAAAGGCGAUGAAUUAGAUGGCGGCGAUGCCAUCAGGCAGGAUAAGGCAUUGGAGUCGGACGAUGAAGAAGAUGAACUGGAAAGAGAGGCCAGCUCGGAGGCUGAAAUGUUGGACAUCACCGGCAGUUCGCAAGUGGAACACGCAGCGAUGCAGGAUGCCGAACACGCAACAGGAGGAGAGAGUGCGACUGAGGAGGAGACACUGCAUAGCGGUUGA